UCAUUGAUUGGAAACGCACAGGCCAGUAUUCGUCCGAGAAGUGGUCUGUGCGCAAUUAUGAUGAGCUCCAUGUUAGCAUCCACUUACAGCUUUUCAAUCUCUAGGCUUGUCAUCACCACCACAACCACACAAAAAGAAUCCCCGGCCAUCGCUCGCCGAGGAACUCGUCAACCGGCUUACCAUGUCGGUAUCAGCAGUUGCAUCGCUGAGACCCCUCCGUCGGAGGUGCUGGCAGCAUCCGGCUUCCGGCCUGUUAUCCGUCCAAUUACGGUCACGAACAUCCACGGUCAACUUCUACGCUGUUGUUGGCCUUCGGCCGGACCAGCGUCGAUUCCAAACAAGCAAUUCGUCAAAUAAUCGCCACGAUGGAGACCUUGAAGCCAGAAAGAACCAGUUGCCCAAGAAAAGUCAACCGACACAACCACAGAUCACAUUCCGUCAAUUCGCUGGUCGUGCUCUUGCUGCUGGCCUACGUAGUCUUGUAGUCGCCAUGAGUCCAACCGGUAUCAAGACAGCGUUCCGGCAGAGCCCAGGCGCAACAACACUAGGAAUCUUCAUCCUCGGCGUGGUGUCAGUCAUUGGCGCAUACACCGUCUACCUCUACUUCAACUACUUCUACCACUACCAAUUCACAAGAUACCCAAAGCCCAUCGCAAACUCUUUACGACGAGCUCUAUACUAUACCAACAUCAGUCCCGAUUCCGAACUGGCUCUCAAGUAUUACAAACGCGCCAUGGAUCAAUGCGCAGAGCAUGGCCUAGAUCCCUACUCUGACGAAGUUCUUGGUAUUCGUAUCCAGACUUCACACUGGCUGCAGAAGAUCGGAAAUUACAGCGGCUGCUUGCAGGUUCUUGAGGGUAUCCUUGCCGAUUGUAACAGGUGGAUUCGGGUUAUGGAGCAGUCCGUCAAGGAAGGCAAAGUCAACGAUGACGGCAGACUUGUCAAGCCUGCAUCCGAGACGCCUGAGGCCUCUUCGACCCACGUUGCGAACGAUACCACUUCUCCCAAUGAGCAAGAAGCGACUGACGGGGAGUUCAUACCCGAAAGCUUAUGGCAUAAGAGGCAACGUCUUCUUACUAAGACUGUUGGGAUUGCUAUCAAACUUGGAGAGCUAUACGCCGACGAACACGUUCUUGACCCUGACAACUCUCAGAAGCACCUCAUUUGGGCUGUUGAAACCGCUUUAAAAGAAUUCCGUCGCCGCAAGGAGGAGGGUAUUAAGCCUGGAGAGGGUGACUGGUUAAGCCCAGAACAAAUGGGUGGCGCUAUGGAAUCUUUGGGUCGUGACUAUGAGCGCAAGAACCAGUUCCAUCUCGCGAUCCCUCUUUUCUUCCAAGCUCUUCGUCUUUGCGAAACGCCCUGCCACCGCCCCAUCAUUAUGAACAACCUCGCUGUCAGUUUCGCCCAACAUCCCAUAUUUGUUCCGCCUACCAGCGAGCCCUCCGAGAUGAUUAAGGAGCUGCAUGACCCUGCCAUGCCCGCCACUCGAAAAGAGUGCUUAGAAGCUGCGCAGAACUGGGCCAAGAACGCUUAUAAGCAUGCAAAGGAUGUUAGUGGCGACGAGCGUACAGACGAAUGCGACGAGGCUUGCGCUGUUGCUCUGUGUAACUGGGGCGAUGUCGCAGCCAUGUUGGGCAACAAUGACUUGGCUCGCAAGAAGUACAAGCAGUGUAUAGAAAUGGCGGGCAAGCUUGGCUUUCCACAUGCAGUGAAACAGGCUCAAUCGGGACUCGCUAAGCUGACCUGAAAGCAAAAGAAGACACAUGAAACACUUUCACUACCCUGAAUAGAGCAUCUCGAAUGUCUUCGGGAUGAGGCACUUGUACAUCAACUCGGCUUAGCCAUGUAACAAUACGAUGAUAGAUGAAAUAACAACGCGCCAAUGAUGACCAGAGACAUCUGUCCCAGAAACUCAACAGAGCAGCAGCUUUUGUUGACUGUCAUAUCAUUCUCAACAGCAUGACUCGACAUUUAUACUUGUUUACAACGCACCCAGUCGGAUCGUAAUUUCCAGACAGGAAAUGGUAUCUGACAGUUAAUUCUAGAGCCCAAGUUGCAUUCCGUUCAUUAUUUGAUUCCUUUUAAAAAAAACAUCCCAGACCUGAGCUCCUAACACAAAUCCUUGAAGACACCGGUACGCCUAGCGAUCAUGCCAUUCAUUGUCUGUCUGAACCCAAACUCCGGCCCAAAAGGCCUAUCCCGUCUUCUGUCGCUUUGCUUCCAAUCCGCUUGCUACAGUUGGUGCUGUCCCUCCAUUUCCGUUAGCAGGGAGGUCGGCUAGUGCAGUUCUCCCAUCCGCUGGAGGAGGUCGUUUCAUUGCCGGGGGUCGAUAGCUGCCCCUAUUUGCGAGUGGACUGCCUGGACCAGAAGGGGCGCCAAUUCGACGAGUCUGAUCGAGCGAGGGGUUUAUCACAUUUCCGCGUGCGCUCUGGGAGCUGGACAUGGAUGGUCGCACUGGGGUAAAGCUAUUCGUGUUAGAGCGUGUAGCAGGUGCCACUGUUGCUUGACUAUUGGUCGGAGCAACAUGUUGGCCAUUCCUUGCAACAGGUUUGGAUGAAGUGUGGUCGAUACCAGGGGUUUUUCGAAUAGAUGGACUUUCUGCCUUGGGGUUGAAGGCCUGCUGCCCCUGUGGCAAAGCAAGACGAGCAUUACUCGAACCUUCUAGAGUGGAUUCUGGCAGUUGAUUCACGGCCUUUGCAGAGAAGAACCCUACGGUUUCGGGCAUGUUUUGAGGUCCAUUGGGUGGCGGACGAGGGUUGCCGAUAUGGUUUGGAGUUGUUCGUCCCGAAGGUCCACCUUGUGGGCGAUUGGAAAGUGUGGCUGCACCAUUGGGGGGGGUUGGACGUUGCUGUCCAUGAAUCGGAGUUUGCGGUGCUCGAUUCGGAGGUCCAGUAGAAUUCGACCUGCCAGUUUGUUGCUGAAUUUGUUGGGCUGCUGUUCUGUUGGCGGGUUUCUCAUUUGCAGGUUGGCCCAAGAUUGAUGUUGAAAGCAUAAUUUCGUCCGGGUGGCCAUCUUCUGGAACACAGAAGUCUGCCUCGUCAAGCUCUACAGAUAUUCAGCCUCGAUUUCCUCAAAUCCAUCGGAGGACAAGAUACCUCCAAGAUAAUCGUCAAAUGACUCUGCAACAGGGAGUGGCGGCACCGGCUCUGUCUUGACCACAGGCGCAGCAGGCGCCUCUGAAGUAGCGGCAGCGGCUGGCUCUUGUCUUACAACAUCACGCUUGAUGAAGUCGGCGUGGCGGUGGAGAUUGUCUUGAUCGAACUUUUUAACGGGCUCGGCUUUCAUUUUGGUGACUUGUUUCACGUAGUCUUUGUCGUAUAUGCAGUUGCCCAAAACGUUACCAAAGCUCCUCAAGGCGCGUUUCAGUCCGUCGGUAGUGCCCUCCUUCUUAGCCUUUUCGAAAGCCAUUGCCUUUCCUUUUGCGUUCUCGAUGGAUCCGUAUCCGAUAUCCUCAUGGUAGGUGCCAUCGCGUAGUGUAAUUCGGACGAUGACCGAUAAACCGAUACUGACGCGCUGUGUUUGAGGGUUUUCGUCGGCGAAGUCAACCUGAAUGUUUUGAAUGGAGGACGACCAUCCAUUAAAGCCAAAAACUUCAUUCGCUA